AUGUCGCAUCUCACUAAAGACAAAAUCAACCUUGAAAGUGACGGAGAGUACAAAAGAAUUGAGAUAGAUGAGGAAGAACCCUCCAAAAAUCCAGUAGAGAAGGAGCAGACUAGGGAACAACAAGAUCGCACAACACAAGAGCCUCAGAAGCAGGAGCUCAAGAGCCUCAUUCUAGCAUUCUUUGCUGGAGUCUGAUUCGCACUCUGUAAUUAUGUGCUAGGAGUAAACGCUGGAUUAGGAGUGCUGACCAGAGAAAUGGCAGAAAACGGUUCUUUGAUAUACGCCAUCAUAUUCUGUCUCUGCUCUGCCAUCAAAGCUCUUUACGACAACAAGCCAUACUGGAACUGGCAACUCAGUAACUUCAGAGACCCUGACACCGACGGGUUCCACUGGUGCAAGCUCUGGGGCGCCCUCGGCUACACCCUCAACAAUGUGCUUGCAGGCUUCUUGGUUGUGUUUACCUUCCAGUUCGCAAUAUACGCAAAUAUGAACCAGGGAAUCCUGACAAGUCUGUUUUCGUUUUCGUCGAUAUUCUCAGCAUUCAUGGCCUACUUCAUAUUCGGUGACAGACUCAGAGUUUGGCAUGUAAUUGGCAUCAUAUUCAUGGUUCUGUGUGUGGUUGGACUCGGGCUUGGCUCUUCAAGUCAGGCAGAAACAGUCGACUUUGCAGAAGAUAGCCAGAGUCCACUGUUCUACUCGAUGAUUGCCAUUCUAUUUGGCAUACUCAGUCCGAUAUCGUUCUCAGUCGGAGGACUCACAGUCAGGUACCUUGCUACGAACUACUCGUACAACCCCGUGGACUUGACUAUCACAUGCUACAUUUGGUCGAACAUCAUCUUGAUUAUCUGAAUGGUGUUGACACUUGAGUUUGGGUCCCACCCGUUUGUACUAUCGGAGUAUGCACAGAUCGUGGCUUCAGGAGUGUUGGCAGCCAUUGGUGUAGUACUUCUGAACAUGGCUGUGACAUGCGGACUGGCAGGUCCUGUUUUCGCCCUAGCAAACGUCCAGGUGAUCAUUCAGACAAUUCUAAAUGUAGCAAUCGACGGUAAAGUUCCGAACACUAUUGAAAUAAUAGCAGCCAUUUUCGGAAUCAUAGGUUGCUGCACUAUUGCUCUAGGCCCAGAUAUUAAAGAGUUUUUCAAGAGACUUUUUUCAGGUGGGAAAGAAGAUUAACCAAUAUAUUCGGCUCAUAUCUUUCAAUAUC